AUGCCCUUCUUUCAACCCCCAAAGUCCGGGAAGGCCAAACGCAAAACCAGGGCCUACCUCCCGCAGGCCACCCACAUCCUGGAAACUCUCCUCGGAAACUACCAAGUGCAUGAUAAUCUGGACAUGGAGGGAGAAGACACCUCGACACCUAAAGACACCCCCACAACAAAGGGGCGCCGCACACAGAAGUUGCAACAGGGCUCAAGAGUUGAACAGCCAGAUAUUGGAGUGCUGUUGCAGCGACAAGCACCAUCCAAGAUGGCCGCUGCAGAGGCCUCACCUGCUCCAACGCUGCCUACACCACCAACCCAAUCACCAGCAUUGCGGACAGAGAGGGAACAAAACACCAUGCUCCCAGCCCUUAAAGACACAGAGGAUCAUACUCUUGUCACAAAACAGGACCUCCAACAGUGGAUGAAAGAGCUCCAAGACAUACUUACAGCGGAUAUCGGCACCCUUAAAGCAGAUGUUCGACAGACCGCUGAAAGGGUAAAUGCCGUGGAGGAGAACAUUCUCAAAUUAAACAAUGGUGUGUCUCACCUCACGGACACACUGCACACAUUAAAAGCGGCCCACCAGGCACUAGCGGUACAGGUCUCCACCCAAGGGGACCGCUUGCGCCGCAACCACAUCAAGCUCCGCGGUGUACCCACAGCAAUCACAUCGGCUGAACUGCCACACUUCCUUAGGAGACUAAUGUCCACCAUACUGUCCCCAUCAGCUUCCCGGAAAUAUCUUUGA